AUGAUGGCCCCUCCACCAAAUAUCGUCAAAACGGAACCCCCUCCACAACAACAACAAAUUCCGGUCAGCCAGCCAAUAAAAACGGAGCCCCAACACGACCCGGAUGCGACACCCCCAAUGAGAAAUGGAAUGGAAGAGGAGGAAGAGGAGGCUGAGGAUCCAUUUGACAAGCCCCCUCGUGCUCCCCAUCCACAAUCACCGCCAAGGGAAGAGGAGGAAGAGGAGCAGCAACUUCAACAGAGCUCCCUUCCCGUGGAGCAGCCGAAACCUUCGCCCUCUUCAACAACUGCCGUCUGUCCAGAGGAACCGGAAGAAAUCCGGGAAAAUGGCAAUCAUACGGAAGAACCGGAAGCCAUUCCACAAGAAAUUCCCGGCAAGACGGAAGAGCCAAAAACCGAGCCAGAAGAGGAACCGGAAAAGGAACCAGAACGUCCGGAAGACGUUCAAGAAGCUGAAGACGUUCAAGCUGAAGCCACCGAAGAGGCAGCGGAACCGGAAAAAGAAACUGAGCAAUUGGAAGAACCCGAAAUGCCAGAACCGGAUCUCCUGAAAGAACCGAGUCCGGAAGCUGAAGCCCAAGCCGAAAUUCCUGAACCGGCAGCGGAAGUGAAAGAGGAGGAACACCUCCCUGAAGCUUCUGCAAUUCCGGAACCGGAAGAACCGGAAAAACGAGCGGAAACGGCUGAGGAGCCGCAGGUCUUUGAAGAGCCGGAAAAGGAAGCCACUCCCGCUCCGGCGAUUCCCGAAAUUGAGGAAGAGCACCUGAAGGAGGAGCCGGAAGCCGAAGAAGGUUCUGAAGCCGUUCCGGAAGUUCCGGAAGCCGACCAGGCUGAGGUCGAGGAGAAGCCGCCUGCUGCUGAAAAGGCCGAGGCCAUCGAGGAGGCCAUUGAGGAUGAGGAGGAGGCGACCUCCGAACCGACGGCCGCUGAAGAGGAUGAAGUGGAAGAUGAAGCGGAAGAAGCGAUCCUUGCAAUGCGCAGUGAGGGUGGUGAGGAAAGCGAAGAGGAAUUCUACGUCAAAUGGAAGGGACGAGCCCACAUGCACUGCGAGUGGAAGACUGCCGCCCAACUGGAAGAGAUCGACAAACGAGUCUCGGCCAAAUUGAAGCGAUACAAACAGAAGAGGGCAGCCGGAAUCGAGGAUGAAGAAUUGAAUGAGGAUUAUCUGGUUGUGGAGAGGGUAUUGGCUCUGGAUACACAAGAUGAUGGGGAUGAAUACGCGCUUGUCAAGUGGAAGAGUCUACCGUAUGAUGAGGUAACUUGGGAGCCCCUAUCUACCGUACCCACCGAAAAAAUGGAACAAUGGGAACGAUGGCAAAAGAUAGACAAGGCAAAGAGUCGAGACAAAGAUCGACCGGCAAAUUGUAUUCUGGCUGAUGAAAUGGGACUCGGAAAGACGGUGCAAACGAUCACGUUCCUGUCUCGUGUCUACGAGUACGGUAUCCAUGGCCCAUUCCUAAUUGUCGUCCCCCUAUCCACAAUCCACAAUUGGGUCCGAGAAUUCGAGACGUGGACUGAUAUGAAUGCUGUUGUCUAUCAUGGAUCCGCUGCAGGGAGACAGAUAAUCGAGGGCCACGAGAUUUACCACGAAAAGCCGACCGGCAGUGACGAUAAGAACAAAGGAUUGUGGCGGAAGGGAAUCUGCAAACUCGACGCCCUGAUUACCACCUUUGAAAUGGUCGUCACAGAAGUCGAAUUUCUGCGGAAAAUCAACUGGAGAGUCUGUGUCAUCGAUGAAGCACAUCGACUCAAGAAUAGAAACUGCAAACUGCUCACUGGUGGUUUAUUGUCUCUCCGUAUGGAGCAUCGUGUCCUUCUCACCGGUACUCCACUGCAGAAUAACGUUGAGGAGCUCUUCUCCCUUCUCAAUUUCCUUCAUCCCGAGAAAUUCGGAAGUUCCGACGAGUUUCUUCGCGAGUUUGGCGAGUGCAAGACUGACGAACAGGUGACGCGCCUCCAAGAGAUCCUGAAGCCAAUGAUGCUGCGCCGAGCCGAAGAACAGAUCGUCGCUGAGGUCCGCCUCCUGCACCCGGAAAUGGAUGAGGAUACGGCCCAAAGAAAGGCCCUUGUUGAUGCUUCGGGAAAGAUGGUGCUCAUCGAGAAGCUGCUCCCCAAACUCAAAUCUGAUGGCCAUCGAGUGUUGAUAUUCUCUCAAAUGGUCAAAGUACUCGAUCUCAUCGAAGAAUUCGUCUCCAAUCAUGGAUACCUCUACGAGCGGAUCGACGGAAAUGUGCGUGGAGAUCUCCGCCAAGCGGCCAUCGAUCGUUUCUCAAAGAAGGAUUCGGAUCGUUUUGUAUUCCUAUUGUGUACUCGUGCCGGUGGAUUGGGAAUCAAUUUGACGGCCGCUGAUACCGUAAUCAUCUUCGAUUCGGACUGGAAUCCACAAAAUGAUCUCCAAGCACAAGCGAGAUGUCAUCGUAUUGGCCAACAGAAGAGUGUCAAGGUGUACCGGCUGAUCACGGCGAACACGUACGAAAGGGAAAUGUUCGACAAGGCAUCCCUCAAAUUGGGACUCGACAAGGCUGUUUUGCAAUCGACAACCGUUAUGGAUAAGAAGGAACAGCUCACCAAGAAGGAGAUCGAAGAAUUGCUGAAGAAGGGAGCAUACGGCUCGAUAAUGGACGAAUCAUCGGAAGGAUCGAAAUUCUCUGAGGAAGAUAUCGAGACAAUUCUCUCGCGAAGAGCCACUACAGUAACCCUUGAGGCCGGAGUGAAAGGGAGCACCUUCUCAAAGGCUUCUUUUGGAUCAUCAAAUAACACCGAAGAGAUCGAUAUUGAUGACCCCAAUUUCUGGAACAAGUGGGCCGAGAAGGCGAACGUCGACCUGGAGAAGGUGAGGGAGCGACAGAGCGGAAAGCAGCUCAUCAUCGCCGAGCCGAGGAACCGGAAGAAGAGAUUCGAAGAAGACACCCUAAAAGAAGGCGAAGGAUCAGGAUCUGAUGAAUCAGAAAUGGGAGCAAAAGGAAGAAGAGAUCGAGCGCGAAAGAGAAGAAAAGGAGUGGAGGAUGAUGAUGAUGAAUAUGUCAGAUAUCGACCCGAUGAAUUGGCAUUCAAUAAGACCGACUACUUCAAGGUUGAGAAGCUGAUUGGGUCGUUUGGCUGGGGAAGAUGGAAGCUGAUCAAAGAACAAGGGGAUGUUGAUGCGAACGAGACCGAACUUGAACACCUUGCCCGUACCCUAAUCCUCCACAAUCUUCGUGAUUUCCGCGGUGAUGAGCGGACAAAAGAAUAUGUCUAUGCUGUCAUCGAACCACUUGAUGCUCGAAACUACAAACAAGACACCAGGAAUAAGCUAACUUCCGGUUGGGCGGCACUCCCCGAGUACAAUCCACCGAAUUUCGCCCUCGACGCCUCAUUCCAACGGCAUAUCCACAGAUACUCGAACAAACUGGUCUCCAAAGUGGAAAUCAUGCAUUUCUUCUUCGAGGGAAUUCUGAAGGAUCGCCGUGGAGACAUUGAAGCGGGAAAGAAGGCUGAAGAUAUUGAAGUGACAUUUGUGCCUCCAUUGGAAGGAAUGGCUAUCGAUGGAUGGGAUAUCAAUUGUGACAAAUCUCUCAUCAUUGGAUGUUAUAAAUACGGCAUGGAAAAUCCGGACGCGAUGAAGGCGGAUGAGACGCUAAAGCGUUCCCCGAUGUUCGACAAGAAGACCGACAGCGACCUGCAAGCCCACAUGUUUGCCGUGUUGGCACAGUGCUUCAAGGCAAAAGGCGCAGCGACAGACAUGCCACAAGCAUUCGCAGCCGCGGCCCCAAUGUCCGAAGAUCUAUUGAAUAGCAAUACAGCACAAUCUAUAUUGGGAAGACUGCAACUAUUGAAGAAGAUCUCAAUGGUGUGUGAAGGAGGAAGAGAUGGGCUGGAUGAAAUGGACGAAAAGAUUGGAUUGUGUCCCAGAGAUGGAUUGCCAAGUGGAUGGACUGAGGAGCAUGACAAGGAAUUGUUGAUGGUAGCCAACGAGUACGGUAUCAAGGAUAUCUCAGUGAAUAUCCUCGGGAAACCCCUCUUCCAAAAGAUCAUCCGCCCAUCCGAAUCUCUUCUAUUUCGUCGCGUAAUCGAUUUGUCGGCCACGAUGUUGACUGGCAAAUAUUCGCCGCAGGAUCCACAGGAAUAUAUGCUCGAUGAAUUGCAGGCGGCAGCCGAGCUAUUGGCGGAACAAAUGCAGGCGGCAAUGUUGCAACAAUUGAUGAUGGCCACAGCACAAAGCGGAAGUGCACAGGGAGGCAAUACAAAGGAUGCCGCUGCUGCUCAGCAACUCCUUCUUCUAUUGGCACUCACCCAGCAACAACAACAACAACAACAAACACAACAACAACAACAGCAACAGGCUCAACAAACGGCACAACAACAACGCCAAGCGCAGAACGAGGCGAACCAACUGGCAGUGAUUGGCGCAUUGAUGGCAUGUACGAGUGGAGAUGAUAUGGCUGCAUUGACGGCACAACAGAAACAGGCACUCAUGCUCAUGAUUCAACAGCAAGCCACCGCCCAGCAACAACAACCAUCCACAUCACAGACCACCCAACAACAACAACCCGCCCCCGCCAAGCAGACGCAACAAAAGGCCACUCCCUCGUCUUCAAAGCCGUCCACCUCGUCAGCUGCUUCCGCUUCAAAAGCCCAAUCGGAUGCGACAGCAUUGGCUGCACUUGCUGCUGCUGCUAGCUAUUCAUCUGGGGAUAAUGCUGAUAUAUUACUGCAACUGCAACAAGCACAAUUGGCUGCUUAUGGAUUGACGAUACAGGACUACGUUCUCCUCUCCCAAGUACCACAAGAGACAAAAGUCCCCUGUCGACACCGUACCACCUUGGAGAUGUUGCCCGCUGAUCAACAACCAUCUGUCCAAAAUCUCAUCCAAUUCCUCGACAAGAAUCCACAGUAUAAGCGGAAUGCCCUCAACAAGUUCAUCCAAACAACAGCAGCAGCAACAACAGAAUCGGCCGAAGAACAGGCGCUGGCCGCCUACCAGACGAUGGCGUUGCUCGGAGCUUUGAAUGGGAAUCAAGCAGCCGCCUCCGCUGCCUCCUCCAGUGCCGCCGCCCAACAACAACUUGCCGCAGCGCUGAUGGCCGACCCAUCGGCAUUGGCCCUUCUCGCAGCCGCUCAGCAGCAGCAACAACAACAGCAGCAGUCGAGCAGCAAACGGAGGAAGGAA